CACACAAGUACACACACACCCCAACGUGCACACAAUCGCUCAGGUUGAGAUGCAGAGCAGGCACACGUGUGCUGGUUUGUGAGCAGGGCUGAUUCUUGGUGUGUGUUCUUGACUCAUUAACUUAACUCUGCUGGUCUGAUGGUGGACGUUGGACCUGGAGGGAAGGAGAGGCAGCACGAGAAGAAGACAAGAGAACAGGAAAGAACAAAAGGAAAGAGGAUAUGAAGAAUGGGAUAGAAAAGGCAAUGGACAAACCAACCCUUCUAGUUGAGGAGAUGGACUGAUGUGAGUCAGAGAGACAAGAGAGGACCAACACCGUGAAUGGACAUGGGCAGAGAGCGACCAUCCCUGGGACUGCUGCUGCGAGUGGGGGUUCUGCUCACUGCCGUGUGCGUGUGCGUGCAUGUGAUCCUAGAGACAGGUUGGUCUGGGACAUCUGAACCCCCGGGACGUCCCAUCCUGUCUGAUCAGAACCUGGACCAACAAAGCAGAACUAAACGGGUGUCUGCAGAAGCAGAGGAGCGGGACAGGAGCGUCAAAAAGAGGAUCUCUUACGUUCGGACCCUGAAGAAGGAGAGUCCGGCUCAGAAGAGGGACGAGGCCGGAGAGGCCCCCUCGGCUCCUCUCAGCCCGCACAGAAAGACUCCUCGGUGGCACAUAGACCUGGAGCCAUGGGCCAGUGAGAGUCGUUCUCUGGAGGAAGAGGCCAAAAGGUUCCUCAGCUACAUCACAACACCACAAGUGGUUUGUUCAUCGCUGGCUCGGGAAGAAGCUGCUCCAGAUGGGUCAAAGGACGCGUGGGCUGUGUGCCUGGACCCGAAGUACAGCCUCACCCACAGGAUACAAAGCAAACACUGCAGGAUCUACUCUUUUGGGUUGGGGGAGGAUGACCGGACCCUGGAGCGCUCCCUCGCCAGCUCAGGCUGCGAGGUGCACUGCUUCGAUCCCGGCCUGAAGCAGCCUCACCUGCAGGAGGCCGACAUGUGGCUCCAUCGGCUCUCGGUGGACUGGAGGGAUCCCAACCCGGCCGUCGUGGCCCAGCGUCAGUACGCCAACACCAAGAAACUGGCCACCAUCCUGAACGACUUCGGGCACAGACAGGUGGACGUGCUCAAGGCGGACAUGGAGAGCGCAGAGUGGAAGAUCUUGGAGAACCUGGUCCUGGAGGGAGUUAUGGACUCAGUGGGUCAGAUGCUGCUGGAGGUUCACCUGCACUGGGCUGGUUUCGAGGUGGGCGGCGACGACCCGUCAGUGGUGCGGUACUGGUUCAGCCUGCUCAAAGAGCUGGAACGCGCCGACUUCCGGCUCUUCCAUGUGCACAAUGACCCGGCCAAGCCACACCUCUUCCUGCACAAGAAUGUCCUCAACGCCAGCAGUGUUUACACGCUGAGCUGGGUGAACACCCGGUGGAAGCCUUGAGCCAGAUCCACCAAACAAUAAAUAAAUAAACUGCAGAAACGGCUAAUGGAUUAAAAUUCA